AUGGCUAAGAGAACUACUCUCAAGGAAUUUGAAUCUGUCUUCCCCAAGCUCGAGGAAGAUAUCCUAGCUUGGGCGAAGCAAUACAACCUGCCUCAGCAGCAGCAAGAUUGGUACAGAAAGAUGCUCCAAGAAAAUACGGUUGGCGGAAAAUGCAACCGUGGAAUGUCAGUUCCUGACUCAGUGUCUAUCCUUCUCGGCAAGGAACUAUCCGAAGAGCAGUAUUUUCAAGCUGCUACUCUAGGCUGGUUGAUUGAGUUUCUUCAAGCUAUGUUCCUCGUCUCCGACGAUAUUAUGGAUAGUAGCAUCACCCGACGUGGGAAACCAUGCUGGUAUCGCCAGGAAGGCGUCGGUAUGAUUGCUAUCAACGAUUCUUUCAUACUCGAGUCUGCUAUCUACACCUUACUCAAGAAGCAUUUCAGGACCCACCCCUCUUACAUCGACAUGGUAGAGUUAUUUCACGAGGUAGCACUGCAAACCGAGCUUGGCCAGCUCUGCGAUCUUCUCACAGCUCCGGAGGAUGUCGUGAACCUCGACAACUUCAGCUUAGAGAAGUAUACCUUUAUUGUCAUCUACAAGACCGCGUAUUACAGCUUCUACCUUCCCGUCGCUCUGGCGCUGCACAUGCUCAAUAUCGCGACCCCUAACAACUUGAAGCAAGCUCGUGACAUUCUCAUUCCCAUGGGCGAGUACUUCCAGAUCCAAGACGACUACCUGGACAACUUCGGUCUUCCGGAGCACAUCGGUAAAAUCGGAACCGAUAUCCAGGACAACAAAUGCUCUUGGCUCGUCAACCAAGCCCUAAAGUUAGCUACUCCUGAGCAGCGCAAGACGCUUGAGGAACACUACGGCAGGAAGGACAAGGCCCACGAGGCCGAGAUCAAGAAGCUCUACAACGAAAUGAACCUCGAUAAACUGUACCAGGACUACGAGGAGAAGGCUGUCGGCGAGAUUAAACAGUUGAUCUCCCAUUUGGACGAGAGCGAAGGAUUAAAGAAGGGUAUUUUCGAAGAGUUCUUACGGAAGAUCUACAAGCGAAGCAAAUAA